AUGAAUAUUCUUUCUUUCUACUGUCUCUCUCCAUCUUCUUUCAUUUUUUCUUUCAUGAUCCCCUUAUCCAUUUUUUUCUUCGUUCUGCCAAAUUUUUUCUCUGCCUUACUUUGCUUUACUUUUCCCAAUUCAUAUUCUUUCGAUUCCUUUCCUUCUCCCAUAAUUCUUAUACGUCUUUCUAUCUAUAUCUCUUCCUUUUGUCCCUGUCCAUUUUUUCAUUUCGCUCGUCUUCCUUUACGUUCUGCAUUUUUUAUUACCUAUCUUUUGCUUUAUUUGUUCUUUAUAUAUUUAUUCUUCGUGUUAUCUCUCCCUUCUGUCUUCUACUUUCUUUUUCUCUUUUUCUUUUUUUUUUCAUUUGCUUUCGUUCUCGCUCCAUUCACUUUCUUUCUUUCUUUUUUUUUUACUUUUAUUUUUUUCAUAGCUGUAAUAUUUGAACCAACACACGAUUUGCUGCAAAAAAAAAGUCCAUUUCCCAUCAUUCUAUUUUUUUUUCUUAUUUUUUCUCCUUUCCGAUUUCCCUUGCAUUUUGUUUUCUCUCUUCACUACCUCUCUUUAAUUUUGAAAAAAUUCUCUUUUAUUUCGCUUUACCUUUUCUUCUUACCUUUUUCUCUUUUUUUCUUUUCCUUUUUACCCCUCACUUUCAUCCCUUUCUCUUCUAUUUCUCGAUUUCUUGUUACGUUUUCUAUAUUUUUCUUUUCUCUAUUACCACCUCUCUUUCAACCCUCUCUGUUUUAUUUCUCUAUUUUUUCUUCUUUUCUAUUUUCCCCCUCUUUUAUCGCCUCUCUUUCUGGCUUUUUAUCUUUUUUUCUUAUUUCUUUGUUAAUUUUUUUCUUUUUUUCUUUCCUUUUUACUAAACUCACUUUCAGCCCUUUCUCUUUUAUUUCUCGUUUUCUUAUUACCUUUCUUUUCUAUACUUUUCCUUUUCUCUUUUACCGCCUCUCUUUCAGUCCCUUCAUUUUCCUCUUCUCUUUUUUUUCUCUUUACUCUUUCCAUCAACUAUUUAUCUUUUUGUUUUUGUCUCCCGAAUCAAAUAUCCCCCUCCCUGUUAUCUCUGUCUUUCUAAAAGCACUUCCUGCUAUAUCUUUCACUUUCUCUAAAAACCCUUCCGGCUAUCUCUCAAUGUCCUUCCUGCUAUAUCUCUCUUUCUUUAACAACCCUUCCUGUAUCUUCUUUCUCUCUCUCUCCCUCUCUCCCUCUCUCUCUCCCUAG